AUGGUCAUGAGCAUGCAAACAUCUCUCCUGGCAGCCGCCCUUCUCGUGGCGGGUGUCGCGUGCCAGGACACGGCGCAGGAACCCGUAUUCAUGUACCCACCGGAUGGGUCCAAGUACACUUUCCAUAGAAUGGACACGGUGAUAGUGAACUACACCGUAUUUCACGACACGGCAGAAUUGUCUACCUUCUGCGACCCAGACCACGCAACGUUGAGUGAGUCGCCCCAGAAUCCCGCCAACCCCAACGGGAGGCAGCAUGCUAACGACGCGCCAGUCCACUGGCAAACAGUGCCGGGGCCCAGCGACAGUAUAUCAAUACUCCUCAACUUCGUAUCCGACGAGCGCUGCUGGUUCGACCUCCGAGCGGGCCCAGACGGCACCAUCAGCAAGAGCAGCGCGUCGUUUCGCGUUCUCAGAGACGAGCGGAGCAAAGGACCACAGACCUUCGGGGUGGACACAGAUCCCCCCACGUCAUCGACACCCUCGGCAACGUCCCCGACCUCCCCGCCCAGCUCGACCGCAACUAGUACCGAAACACCAUCGCCGCUGCCGGAGGGCGCAGGAGGAGGCGGGCUGAAAGGAGGGGCUUUGUACGCGGUUUCGUUCUGUUCGGGCAUAGGUGGGGCUAUAUUGAUUUUUUUGGGGCUUCGACUGUGGUUUAAAUGGGAAGACUGGCGCGUGGAGCGGCAACGGAAGGUGGCUCUCGCUGAAGCCCACGAGAGAAUUAACCAAACCCGAGAACGUCGAGAGAACCAGCAGAGGACCAUCGCUGAAAUCCGGGCGAGACUUGACGAAAUACGGGGCGUAAGCGGGAACGGGAACGACCACAGCAUCGGAGGAAACAAGGGCAGCGGGGGACAGGGGAUUGGGUCCGACGAAGAUGCGGCGCCAAGGUUGGAUGUGGACGUAUUCGAGUGGCGGCGUCCAGGAGGUGGGAGUGGAACUGCGGAAGGAGGUGCACGUGGGGAGGGACGAGAUGAACCUGACGGUGUGGCUGGCGCGGGAGAUAGAGUUACGAAGUAG